AUGUCUGCUCCAAAAUCGCUCGUUCUCAUGACAGAAGACACUCCCAAGGAGCUCCCCCACUACGCUCUGCCGACGUACGCGUCGAUUCGCAAGUCCAAGACCAACAGUCCGCUUUCGGAGCGGCCAAAGACCGUUCGUGCUACCGGAUUGGGGCAGGAGCAGGGGACCCGGCUGGGGUCUCCACGGACCUCGUUUUCGCAGGAAAACAAAACUUCUGCCGCACGUAGUGGGCUCUGGAACCUGUUUCGCAAAGUCUCUGAUCGGUCGCAGGAGCUAGUCUCGGGCGACGAGAACGACCAGGAAAACGCUGGCCCCACAGACCUUAAGGACCGGAUCUUUACCACAAUUGCCCCCAAACGGCCCGCCAGACUCAAACCGCUGUCUUUGUUUGAAGCCUACGCGCAGAAAAACCCAGACGUGAUCGAAGUGGCCGACAGCCUGGCCAAACAGGCGCAGACCGAGAUCGACCAGAGCGAAAACACCCAUUUUGGCGCAGCCACACCAUCCAAGGACCGCAACCGGUACUUUGUGGCGCCCGAGGUGCUGUUCAAAUCCGUCGGCAACCGCUCCAUGAUACCCGUGGCGGAACAUCUAGACCUGUUGCACAACUACUCGCUUCUUUGGGACAGAGUCCAUCUUGGUCGGUAG